UCAACAUUGAAUGAUCUAUCUACUCAGCAAUAAUUACAGUCCACCAUUGUCUGCUGCUGAUGUCUGUGUGCCGUCGUCACACGCUGAUGAAGAAGCCCGCACACUCUGCACAGUAAUUUCAACAUUGAAUGAUCUAUCUACUCAGCAAUAAUUACAGAUGGAUGUCGACGUCGUCUUCAAAUUUCUCGGUAACUCCGGGCUGUUGCAGAAUGUCAACUUUUUCAUGUUCAGUUUUUCCACGUUAAUCUCACCACUUCACAUGGUCGGGGCGGCGCUGACGGUGGGCCAACCCGACGACUACCGAUGCAAGACACCCACUGGCUUCACUGCAAACCAGACGAUUCCCUACUACGUGAACGACAACGGGCUAAUCGAAUAUGAUAGAUGUCAUUUGUACGAGGUUGUGAACGGUAGCAUCAGUUCGAACUUGACGGGGUGCACGUAUGGAUAUGACUACGAAACGACCAACGGGGAGACGAGUGUGGUGUCGGAUUUGAAUCUCGUCUGCGGCGAAAGCCUGUUAGGCGGUGCCAUGCAGUCCAUAAUGCACGUCGGGACCAUAGUGGGUUCAUUCAUCCUGGGCCAGAUAUCGGACACCGUGGGACGGCGUAAGACACUCAUGGUGUCCCUCUUCGGCCUCGGAGUAUGCGGGACUGCUGUUGCCUUCCUAUGGAACUACACUGUGAUGGCUGUGUUGUACUUCAUCAUUGGAUUCUGGACAGCGGGCGUCUUGACGAGCGGCUACGUUCGAGCAAUCGAGAUGUUCCCAACGAAGAAGAGGAUGGUAGGUCACAUGAUCAACGGACUCAUGUACGGGUCGGGUGUACUUCUCGUCUCACCAUUGGCUUAUAUGUUUCCGAACUGGCGCCAUUUUCAACUCGCUGUGUCGUUGCCGUGCUUCGUUCUCGUCCCUUGCAUCUGGUUUUGCUACGAGUCCCUGAGGUGGCUGGUCCAGAAGGGACGCUUCAAAGAAGCCGACAAAAUCAUCUCAAGAAUCGCAAAGUCGAAACAGCUCAGCUACACCGGAUAUCAGAACCUCCCCACAGUAGACGAAAUGGAAAAGAUUCCCAUGGAGAUUAUUAAGAACACGGACUCCAAACCCGUUCAAAAUGGCGGGAGUCACAGAAAAGUUGCAGACGAGAAGUGUUCCAGUUUACCGACAGGUCGGGGAAAUUCAAUUUCGAGCAUGUCGUCGAGUCAUCACAUACCGUCCAUGGCGAGGAAACGCUCCCGUAGGUACUCGGUGGUGGACCUCUUCACCACCCGAUUCAUGGCAAUGCAGACGCUGAUCGUUUUCUUGUGCUGGUUUACAGGCAGCAGUGUUUACUUUGGUUUGAUCAUCAACACUUCAAAUUUAGCCGGGAAUAAAUAUCUAACCUUCUUUUUGAUGUCCCUGUUUGAGAUGUCCUGUUAUCCUGUUGAUUUCUUCGUCAUGAAAAGAUUUGGAAGAAAGCGACCGCUCAUAACAAACUUCAUAGGAUCAGGCGUGGCAUCACUAAUCGUUGCAUUCACACCAAAACAGACAGAGAGCGGAGUGAGUCUUGUAGCCCUUAUUGUCGCCACUUCAAUUAUUGGAAGAUACUUCGCUGCAGCCGUCUUCGAUAUCACAUAUCUUAUUUCAGUGGAAAUUUUCCCAACGGUUUUACGAAACAUCGGCUUAGGGACUUGCGUUACUGUUGGACGGGUUGGAGGUGUCAUAGCUCCCUUCGUUGUUUAUCUGAACACAGUGAGUGGCUGGUUACCGCUGACGAUAUUUGGUGCAAUCUCCAUCACCUCCGGUCUGCUAGUAUCCCUACUACCGGAAACACGUCAUACACGCCUUCCGGAAACGUUUGAAGAUGCCGUCCAACUGGCUGACAAAGGUCGCGCCAAAUUUGAGCCCAUUCCCGAGCAUGUGUAGAGCGCCCUCUUCCGCCAAGUUUUGCAAAACGGUAUACUGUAAUAGUUUCCACAUUUUAUUGAUAAUAAUUAUUUCAUGUGGUCAGAAAGAAAAAUAACUCUGACAAACGUGACUCAGUUUGCAAAGAUCACGUCAACCAAAUUGACGCAACCCACAUGACGUCAUCACUCACAUGGGAUCUUGAGUUUUGAGUCAGAUUCCCUGUGUGUUAAUGUGCAGUGCGCAUUUUAAGCAAUGCUUGCGCAGUUAGACUCUCGCCAAUAUCUCCUUGCAAAGGUCGAUAAUUUGUGUAUACGCAUCUACGCAAAAUAAUGCGCGUCUACCAUUUCCACCAUUUUGGGAGUGAAUUCCUUUGUGUACAUUUUGACCAUUGAUAAUAAUAGAGAUCAACGAUUUUGACGCUCAAAAUGGGGGACAGGAUAGGCGCGUUUAAGUGCACUGCGCAAACAUCAAUACUGUGCCAAUAUAUUUAUGAGACUCGCCCAAAGAGGCAGACGAAUAGACCCCUAUCAUUUACCGCAAUUGUUGAUGAAACGUGUGUACGUGUGUAGGGUAGUCAUUGGCUAAGAGCCAUGCCCUGCAGAGUGUCACCAACGAUGGCGGCCAAUGACGUCAUGCGCUAUGCGCAAUGAUGUUAUGCGCAAUCCAUCUAUGGCGGACGGAUCAAAGUGCCUGACCCAUGUGGUACUGAUAUAAUUGCUUUGCAAUAGACAUAGCUUACCAAUCGAUUCCAAUUAUUGUGUUACAUAAUAGUCUCAUUUAACGCUGCAAGAUGAACCACAAGACAGUGUGAUUAAAUUUGAUUAUAUAUUUAAAAAUUGUAUAUAGGUGCUUGAAUAGAAAUAAAUUGUUAAUUAUCAACCAGGUUGAUAGCCAUAGAGAGUGGGUAUCUUAAUUUUCCUCGAGUACCAAAAAGCCCUCGUCUAUUUCCUUUAUUAGUGACUCGCUAACAAUUAAACGCUGCCCUCCAUCUAGGAGGAAAAUGUGUGUAUAUAUAUCUGUGGCUAUGUGUCACAAAAAUGCCUUGAAACGACAAAAUGCCGUUUUACGCAAGUUUAGCAUUGUGUGUGAGCUUGCCUUUAAUGGUAAAAAUGCAAGACAGUUGAGGCUGAACAUAUUUCACUUUGCCUUUUUUCUUUUUAAUAAUUGUUGUAAAUCAGAAAUAUGGUGAUUUAUUGUCUCACGAGAACAUUUUAAAAGUUUCAAAUAAAUCGAUAAGUUUUCUGUUUUACAGCGAUUGUUUAAAAGAAACAGGCAAAGUAAAAGUGGAAAUGUUUCACUUUGCCUUUUUCUUUUAAAUAAUUGCAGCUGUAAAACAACCAUGGAGGAAGUCUUCCUCCAUGGUAAAACAGAAAAUGUAGUGAUUUAUUUGAAAACUUUUAAAAUGUUGUCGUGAGACCAAGCGUAUUGUGUUCGUCUG